GUAUCAACAUUCUAGGAGAAGCACAAGGGGAAAGAGCUGGGGACACAGAAAGACUUGUUGAGAUGGAACAAAUUCUCUCCUCACUUAUGGAGAUGAGAAAGACAGUAGAAGGCRUGGCUCUCUGGGGUCGACAGAUCUGUGCAAUUGCAAAGGUUCRUUUGCUAAAGUUGAAGCAUGAAAGAAAAGCUCUUCUAUCACUGUUGUUGAUUCUGGUGGUUGGAUUUUUCCCUCUUUUUUUGGAGUAUAUCUUGGUGAAAGUUCAUCAAAACAGUUACACUUUGGAACUGUCUCCUCAUCUGUACUUCCUGGCUCCUGGACAACAGCCACAGGACCCUCUCACUCGAUUAUUGAUCAUCAAUAACACAGGGGAGAGCAUUGAUGAGUUUGUCCAUGCCGUGGAGUGCCAGAGCAUAGCUGUGGAAGUAGAUGCAGCUGGAACUAGAAAUGGUAUAGAUGACCCUUCUUAUAAUGGAGCCAUAAUAGUAUUUCGUAAUGAAAAGAAAUAUGACUUUUUAUUUUCGUGCAAUACCAAAAGACUGAAUUGCUUCCCGGUUCUCAUGGAUAUUAUUAGUAACGGGCUACGUGGAACGCUUACACCAUCGGCACAUAUUCAAACUGAGUGGAGCACAGUUUUGAGGAGAAUAUGGGAUAAUCCAUUUGAAAUCCUGGGAUACACCUUAUUCUGGCUGGUUUUGGCAUCCAGCUGCCCUCCUUACAUAGCCAUGGGCAGCAUUGAUGAUUACAAGAACAGCGUGAGGUCGCUGCUGCGGAUUUCGGGCCUCUUUCCUUCUGCCUACUGGCUCGGGCAGGUGCUGGUGGACUGGCCGCUGUACUGCCUGUUUUUCCCUUUUAUGUAUUUAAUGGAUUACGUCUUGAACUCCCAAGAGACUGUAUUUACGCUUGUGAAUUAUUUCAUUCAAAGGCUGUGUGCUAUUGGGUAUGCCAUGUCCCUUAUCUUCUUGACAUAUGUGAUUUCAUUCACCUUUCGCAAGGGGAAAAAAAAUAGUGGUAUUUGGUCAUUUUGCUUCUAUGUUGUCACCGUAUCCUCUGUGCUUAUAUGUGUGUUGGAAAACUCUGAAAGUGUUCCACUAUUUUUCAUCACUGUUUUAGUACCACAAGCCACACUGAUUGGCUGUCUGUUCUUAUAUUUUCAUCUUUUCAUGUUUACUGUCUUCGAUGAUGAACAACAUACUGGAGAACUAUUUCUGGUCUUCCUAAUUCCCUUCCUUCAUUAUAUCAUUUUUCUUUUUAUUCUCCGAUGUCUGGAAUGGAAAUUUGGAAAGAAACCCAUGGGAAAGGAUCCCUUCUUUAGAAUUUCUCCAAAAAGUGGUGAUGUGUGUCAAAAUCCAGAAGAACCCCAAGAGGAGGAUGAAGAUGUUCAGAUGGAAAGACUGAGAACGGCUGAUGCCUUGAAUUCCACAGACUUUAAUGAGAAGCCAGUCAUUGUCGCCAGCUGUCUGCGCAAGGAGUACGCSGGAAAGAAGAAGCAUUGCUUCUCUAAGAGGAAGAGCAAAGUCGCCACCAGGAAUGUCUCAUUCUGUGUCAGGAAAGGUGAAGUUUUAGGGUUGUUGGGACACAACGGAGCUGGUAAAAGUACAUCCAUUAAGGUGAUAACUAGAGACACGAAAUCAACUGCUGGCCAGGUGCUACUCCAAGGGAGCAGCGGAGGGGAUGCCCUUGGGUUCCUGGGGUACUGUCCUCAGGACAAUGUGCUGUGGSCCAACCUGACCAUGAGGAAGCACCUGGAGGUGUUUGCCACUGUGAAGGGGCUGAGCAGAGGUGAUGCUGAGCUGGCCAUUGCACGGUUGGUGGAUGCGUUCAAGCUGCAGGAUCAGCUGAAGGCCGCUGUGAAGACCUUGUCAGCCGGAAUAAAGAGAAAGCUGUGCUUCAUGCUGAGCAUCCUGGGGAGCCCGUCAGUGAUGCUUCUGGAUGAGCUCACCAGAAUGGACCCCGAGGGGCAGCAGCAGAUGUAGCAGACAAUCCAGGCCAUCAUUAGGAACACAGAGAGGGGCGCCACCUUGACCACCCAUUACGUGGCGGAGGCAGAGGCAGUGUGUGACCGCGUGGCCAUCAUGGUGUCUGGAAGGCUGAGGUGUAUUGGCUCCAUCCAACACCUAAAAAGCAAAUUUGGCAAAGAUUACCUGUUGGAGAUGAAGGUGAAGACCCUCACACAGGUGGAGGCCCUCCAUGCAGAAAUCCUGAGGCUUUUCCCCCGGACUGCUCAGCAGGAAAGGUACUCUUCUUUGAUGGUUUAUAAAUUACCAGUGGAGGACGUGCAACCCUUAGCCCAGGCUUUCUUCAAAUUAGAGAAGCUCAAACAGAGCUUCCACCUGGAGGAGUACAGCCUCUCCCAGUCCACCCUGGAGCAGGUUUUCCUGGAGCUCUCCAAGGAGCAGGAGCUGGAUGUUUUUGAUGAUGAACUUGAUCCUUCAGUGAACUGGAAGCUUCUCUCACAGGAAGAACCUUAAGCCAGGAGUACUCUAUGUUCCCGUGGAAGCCUGUGGUUGCUUUUUAAAGACAUUUAUUUUGUUAGCAUCAAUGUCAUAUUCAUGGAAACUACAUUAUAAACACUGAGAUGGCUCUUCAUGUAGGGAGAGGAKCGGCCAGUGUAGCUGCAGGGACAUGGUGGAUGGCCUGUCUGAGCCUCCUCCUGCCCUAGCCUCUGCACCUCCGAAGGCUGCUCUGCCUCCAUUUUUCUGUAGAAUGCUAAAUAAAUACGUUUACUUUUAUGCAACUAAGUUUCUAAGUAUGAUAAACAGACUUUCAUAUUUUUGAGUCAAAAAUCUUAAAACACACUUUUCUAACUCAGAGUAAGGAUUCCAUGUAUUUACUCUCUGAAUAUUUAUGAUACUUUAAAAAACUGAUAUCGUCAUAAAAAUUUACUUUUUGAAGUAGAUUUCAGUAUGUUUGUUAUGGCUAAAAGUCACACAGCAUCAUUGGUCAUAGUAUCUGAUAUCAAUGUACUUAAUACACCCAUUGGCAGCACUACGACCAGACACACUCUGCCAAACCAAACACCGGCCAUUAGGAAUAGAUGGCACUUUUUAUUUCUGUAAACCAACUGAGUCCCGUUUUCAUGGUAUUUUCAUAUAUAGGCCUCAGAGGUACCUGGAUUAUAAUUGAUCUUCCAUGAAUAUUUGUCACUCAAUUUCAGAAAGCUGAUAAAUGUAAUAACAGAGCAAGUGAUCA